AGAGAGAGAGAGAAGUGGGGAGUUAAGAAUUGGAAUGGAAUUGAAGUGCUCUAAAUGCAUGUCAAAGACAAUUCAGGUAUGUCUGUGAAAAAAUCCGAGAUGGAGGAACCAGCACUCGUGAGUCAGGGUCAUGUGGGGAGAAGAGAGAAAGGAAAAAGCACAAAACUCCACCAUAUUCCAGGCUGCCCGCUCCAAUGGCACGGCUUCGAGGAGGGACGUCGGGAUCCUCUGAACUAUCCACAGAGGAUUUUUGAAUAGUUUGCCAAGAGAUGUGUGAUGUACUCUCCCUUCAUCCUCCCGCAUAAUCUUUAGUAAAUUCGACUUUGCUUAUUAGUAUUACAUGUAAGUGGAUUCCUUAGAAAACAGGAAUGACAAAUUCUGCUGCCUUCAAUGCUGAAUAAUCCCAGAGCAGCUCCCAUGGUGGGCGGCACUGCAGGCGAGGACACAAGCGACCCUGGGGACCUCCUGUUCUAAGCAAGUAAUUCUUGCCUGACUCCAAUACUGUGGUCCUGCAGACCUCCCCAAUGCCAGUAUCUGGCCCCCCUCACCCAUGGCUCAGUCCACAGUGGCAAGAAUAUUCAAUUUUGGUUUAAAGUUCUCAGUGGCUUUGUCAUGGACUGGAAAAUGGAUGAGGAUGGAAUAGAAGCAGUGGUUCAUCUGUAGAGAAAGUAACUUUGUAACCCCAAGGCGAGUUAUGUGAACAGACUUCCAAACACCCGGGCUGAGAUAGAGGAACCUGAGGAGAGGCCAUUGCAGCUAUGCCCAGAAGGGUUACCAGGAGUGGGGACCCUCACUUGGCAGAGGAGGGUGGCAGAGGGAGGAGGAGGAGGAGUGGCAAUAGAUGGUGAGCCUUCUGCUUCUGUAUCUUGGGCAUUGAUCAUUCCGGGGGGGUCUUUGCCUCCAUUUACUGACCAGGUCAUCUGAGACCUAGUACAAUGAAACCAGGGAACCCUAAUUUUUACAGUUCUGAUGCUGAUGGAUCGUUUGCCUUUUGGCAGGGAAACAGGGGGCUGCUCUUGGGAGAUUGGCGCAGAUGAGAAACCUGGUAAGAGCACAGCCUGGAAAACUCAGAUUAAGCAAAUCCUAAGAACAUGGUCUGGAGAGGAAAGACAUGGUUGAAAUUGGUCAAAGGGGUAGUGCUGCCUUGCCUUGGUGACGGUAGGGACGGUGCACUGGGGACUGUGGGGGAACUUCGUCCUUCCUAUCGUCACCUCCUCCUCCCACUGUCCUUUGUUCCUGGCUGGCUAUCAGCAGUGUGCACUCAAAAAUGAAAGCACCCUAGCUCUUCUUUGCAAGGGACAGCUCUGGGGGCUCUCUGUGGUCACCAAGCUGCCCCCUCCAUGGCUACCAGAGCCAAUGCAGUUGCAGAAAUGGCAGCUGAUGAUAAGGCAGCAAUGCACCCACAAGAAGUGACCUCAGCUUGUGAUUUCCGAUUCCGUUAAAGUCAAGGCUGAUAAGGAAAGGGGCUGCCCAGGGUGGCCACACUGCCCGGGUGCUGCUGAGUCUGGAACCUGCAGGGGCUGAGUUCUUGGUCCUUUAUUCUGUCCUGGGCAUAUUCAUUUCCUUCAUUCAGUCACCCAUUUGCUUCACAAAUAAGCCAAGCAUUCUCUUAACACUCUUUCACCCUGUGAUGGAUGGAAUAAUGAACAACACCCUAGCCCCUGCUCCUUCAGAACUCACUGAGGGAGGGAGGAGGAACAAGGCAGACAUGUGAGCUGAGAACAUUAAUACGAAGAUGCGAGAUAGAAUGUGACUUCAGUCACACGAAGGGGACAGAAAAGAAGCAGCUGUGGGAGGAAGGCAUAGCUGUAGAGUAAAUGAUUUACAUUUCUGGACUUUUUUUCCAAAUAGCUUCCUCUGCAAAAUGAGGGGUCAGCAUAGAACCUAGUCAAGCCCCUACAGAAAAAGAUCAGUGACUUCACAGCCCCAAAGCUCUUUGGGUUGAGUUAAGUGACAAACUCCAACAGGCUUAAUCCAAAAAAGAAUGGAAUUUAUUGGAUCAUAUACAAUGAACAGUCCAAGAGUAGAUUUAGCACCAGAAUUUCAGGCAUAGCUGGAUCCAGCACUCAAACCAUGCUGUCAGCAAUCUGUCACUUUCUAGAGCCAUUUACCCAUUAGGCCCAAUGGGUUGACAGCACAGAAUCUGCGAGUUUUUCGAAGCUCUAGAAAUGUGUCAGAGACUCUCCCAAAUAGUGUUUGGCUUCAAAAUGUGAAAAAAAGAAAGAAAAUGACAAAAUAGCAAACGUGUCACCAUGCAGUUGAUCGACUUCCCCCAGAAGCUCUACUGUCCCUGCCCGGCACUGCUGUCUCCUAAUUGCCAAGGACAGCAGAUGCUUUUUCAUUCUCUUCACCUGUGUCCUCUCUGCAAUCAUUGACAUUGUUGACCAUCAUCCCCUCCUUGGCAUUCUGUCUUCUGCCAGCGUCCCUGGCACUCCACUUUCUUCCUGCCUCUUAGGCUUGGUUUUUGUUCUUCUCUGAUAAAUAACAAAUGACAAGGGGCGAGCCAGGAGAAGGGCUGGGAAGCGAUUCCCACAGCCUGGAUCGUUAAGAGACUGCAGUACUUCUGGGAGGGGCUGGAGUGAGGGAUAAAGCAUGAGGUUGGAGUUUAGGGAGGGACCAGAUCAAGAAGGGUCUGGCAAGUCACACUGAGGAGUUUGGUCAUUCUCUUUAAAGUUAUAAGGGGCCAUUGAAGGUUGUAGCAGGACCGUAACAUGAAGAAAUUUGUGUUUCACUCUUAGAGACCUUUGGUUGUGGGGUGAAGGAUCUCAGGCUAUUGUGGUGUUUCAGGAGAAAGAUCAUGGUAGUCAGGUGAAACAGUGACAGCCAUAGGGAUGGAAGAAAGUGGAGGAUUCAUGAGCUAUUGACAGGGCUUGGUGCAGUUUAGACGUAACAGGUGAGGGAGAGGGAGGCAUUGAUGACACCGAGGUUGCUGAUUCUGAGGCGGGAAACAGAGAAGUGGGCUUAGAGGGGGAAAUGAUGAGCUCGGUUUGUACCUGUUGAGAUGGAGGUGCUUGAGGGACAUCUGACUGACCAUGUCCAGGAAUGGGGGAUGGUUGGUGAGUCUGGAGCUUGAGAGAGAGGUCAGGGCUCCCUGCAUCAAUCCCUCCCCCGUCAACACCAGAGGGAGUCUCUUGGGAGGUGUCCCUCCCGUCCCAUAAAAUUGGUCGCAUUCGAUCAGAAUAAAGGACCUCCAGUGACCGUGGGUGACCACAGAUGCUUCUUUAGAAAGCAGUCUCACAGCAGAACGCGUUCUGGGAGGAGCUUCGAGGGCCACAAGGAAGGGGAAGGAAGAGGAGGGGACAGAGCUGUGAGACAUCGAGCUUUCCUCUGCAGAUCUGAAGAGCACAGUCAAGACCACAGACACCCGUGGAGGCCCUCCCAAGACAUCUGCUUCUCUGGGACUGGGGGCCUUGUACAGGACUGUAGGGAGUUGGUUGAAGGACUUGGGGAGCCCAGAAGCUACCACUGAGCCAAGAACCACCUCUGUGCAGAAAAGCAACCACCUUGUUUUCUAUUCUGCUGCCUGAGACAACCACAUCCUCCUCCUACACCCAAAGGCUCCCAUGGAGAGCUCAGGAAUCUGAGACAAUUCAGAUGUAGAUUAAAUAGAAUAUAAAGCAGGAGCACCAAAAAGGAAGCAAGAAGAGAGAUCCCUGUCACAUGAGAUGAGCUCAUUUUUGAGACUGGGCCCCAAUUUGACCACGUGGAGCUGGACCUCCAGAGGAGCGUGCAGGCUGUGCUCCGGGAGCUCAGCACCCAGGCCCCUGCCCUGCAGAGCAACCAAGGCAUGUGGAGAUGGUCCCUGCACAAGAAGGUCGAGCGAGAUCCUGGUAAGAGCCCGGCGCUGGUCCGCAUUCUGCUCAGAGAACUGGAGAAGGCGGAAAGCGAGGACCUCCGGCAUGUCAUCAUUCCCUUGCUGCACACUGUAAUGUACGUGCUCACCAAGGCCACAGGAAUCACAGAGGAGCUCUACCAGAGAAUCUACGCCUUUUGCACGAGGUUACUGACCCUGCCCACCCCCUACUGCACAGUCGCCUUGGACUGCGCGAUAAGGCUGAAAACAGAGACGGCCGUCCCAGGGACCCUCUACCAAAGGAUGGUCAUUGCCGAACAGAACUUGAUGAAUGAACUGUAUCCCUACCAGGAGAGAGUGUUCCUCUUCGUGGAUCCCGAGCUGGUGUCUGCCUCCGUGUGCAGUGCUCUGCUACUGGAGAUCGAAGCGGCCCAGGAGCAGCAGACACCAGAGGCCUGCAUGCGCCACGUGGUCUCCCACGCCCUGCAGGCGGCUCUGGGGGAAGCCUGUCACGCAGGCGCUCUGCACAGGAAGCUGCAGGCCAGCCCUCGCCGCACCCUGGAGCAGUAUUUCCACGCCGUGGUGGCCGCCGUGGAGCAGAUGGCCAGUGAGGCCAGCCCGAGCCGGGAGGGACACGUGGAGAGGCUGGAGGAGAUUUACUGCUCGCUGCUGGGGCCCGCGGCGGGGCGCAGAGGUGGUGACCCUAUCCAAGAGCGGCCACCAAGCAUUCCCCUGCCCAGCCCCUACAUCACCUUCCACCUGUGGACCGGCGAGGAGCAGCUCUGGAAGGAACUGGUGCUCUUCCUCCGCCCAAGAUCCCAGCUGUGCCUCAGUGCUGACUUGGAGGUCUUGGAUCUGCAGGGCCUCCGGCCAGACCGGGAGUUGGCCCGGGUUUCCGUGCUGUCCACGGACAGCGGCAUCGAGCGGGACCUUCCCCCGGGGGCUGAUGAGCUGCCUGCACCCAGCAGCCCUGAGAUGGAGCGAGCUGGGCUGCAGCGCAAAGGCGGCAUCAAGAAGCGUGCGUGGCCUCUGGACUUCUUGAUGCCUGGCGGCUGGGACGGGCCCCCAGGGCUGCACCGGAGGACAGGCAGGCCCAGUGGGGAUGGGGAAGUGCUGCCCGGUGUCUCCCGGCUGCACACAGCCCGGGUACUUGUGCUGGGAGACGACAGGAUGCUGGGGCGCCUGGCCCAGGCCUACCACAGACUCAGGAAACGGGAGACCCAGAAGUUCUGCCUCACUCCCAGACUCAGCCUGCAGCUCUACUACAUCCCCGUGCUGGCACCUGAGAAGCCUGCAGCAUCCAGGCAGCCAGAGCUGGGAGAGCUGGCUACAUUCCUGGGCCGCGCAGACCCGUGGUACCAGAGCAACGUCAACACGCUGUGCCCCGCCAUCCACAAGCUGGCUGAGAUGCCUCCUUCCCUGGACUCAUCCCAGACUGUGGACCCCUUCAUCCUAGACGUCAUCACCUACUACAUCCGCAUGGGCACCCAACCCAUCUAUUUCCAGAUCUACACAGUCAAGAUCUUCUUCAGUGACCUGAGCCAAGACCCUACCGAGGACAUCUUCCUCAUUGAGCUGAAGGUGAAGAUCCAAGAUUCUAAAUUCCCCAAAGGCCUUGCUCAGCCACCGGCCCCGAGAGGUCACCGUUUCCCUGAGGGCCACUGGGCUGGUCCUGAAGGCCAUUCCAGCCAGCGACACAGAAGUUUCAGGGUCUCGCCAUUGCCCGCUGCCUGCUGCUCCUGUCACAGACCACACAUGUCUGAAUGUCAGCGUGACAGAGGUUGUCAAGUCCUCCAACUUGGCGGGAAAGUCCUUCUCUAUGGUGACCAACACCUUCAGGACGAACAAUAUCCAGAUCCAGAGCCAGGACCAGAGGCUGCUGACAUUGUCACUGGACAAGGACGAUCAACGCACUUUCAGGGACGUGGUCAGAUUCGAGGUUGCUCCCUGCCCAGAACCAUGUUCCGGGGCCCAGAAGUCCAAGGCGCCGUGGCUCAGUUUGCACGGGCAACAGGAGAUGGAAGCGACCAGAGCCACACCCAAGCCCCUUCUGAUGCCCAUCAACACAUUCUCUGGCAUUGUCCAGUGAGCCUGCAGGGACUACAGGCCCAGGAGGAGGGAUGCACUACCCCACCAACCCCAAACACUCACACCAACAGCCAGAGCAAGGCCCAGCUCCACACGGCAGCUUUGGCCUUGACCAGGAGCCAGCGAGUGCCUGGGAGCACAGGGAGCCUGCCGUGGGGGCUGUGACGAGGAAGGGCCCACAUGGAGGUCUACGGAUGGUCCGGGCAAUGCCGCAGCUGCUUGAGAACACGCACACCAAGCCCAGCUUCUCAUACAAAUGUCUACGCCUUCAUUUAACUUCAAUUCCCACUUCUUCCACUGUCCUCUCCCACCCAAGCUCCCCACCCAGCCCGUAAAACCACAGUUAGAGCUGCUGUCUUGGCCAGAGCCCUGUGGCCUAGGGGAAAACGGGAAAAUGGGAAGCAGGGAACAGCAGUGGCACCACCUCCCCCGCAAGUCUCUUCCCUUCCCACUCUCAGGCCACUGCCUACCUCACCCAGUUGACGCAGGUGUUUCUAUCAGGUGGGAGAAAAAUGUCAGAUUGAAUAAAUGUACACAAAGUCUU